AAGUGCAGAGCUGAGGAUGCUGGGGGGCUUCGAGUACCAAGGGGGAGAAACAAGGACCAGGUCAGAGGAAAGGAUGCUGCUAAAGGCAAUCUCCAAGGUGACUAUUCUGGGGGUGAGGGGCCCCCAGCCUUCACUGGCUCUGGAUACAGGGCCAUGAACCAGGAACAAGCAGUGGCUUCUGCCCCCUGUCCAGAGAUCAAGCCUCUCUUCAACCAGGGAGAACUCUUCCUGCUCAACAGUGGGGAGGGAGAGGAUUUGGCCAGCCAGGGCACAGCCCCUGCAGGGAAGCACAAAGUGGGUAUCAAACCAUCUUCCUGGCAGGCCCAACCUAAACUCCAAAGAAGCCGACAAAGGGACAAAGGAGCAGAUCCAGGCAAGGCCUCUGGCCUGACUCGACAGCUCCGGGACCCACAGUCCUUGGAUGCUCCCGUGGGCCUGCCCUCUGCCUGCCCCUCUGUCUCACAUGGCCAAGCCCUCCAAGCUGCCCCAGCUCUGGUGGAUGUUCCCUCUGCCCUCACCAUCCUGCCCAAGAGGCCAGUUCACAAGAAGAGCCAACGACUGCUCCUGGAGUCACUUAUGCGGCGGAAGAUUGCACACCUGAAGUGGGGCUUCCCCCAGCAGAUCCUAGAGUCCUAUUUGCUCUUUAACUUCUUAGGACCAUGCCCACUGCCCCUUGUUGGGCUGAGGCUCUCUGGGUUACACACAUCCUGUGAGCUGCAGGGCCAGCAGGAAAAGCGUUGUGAGACCCAUGGUUUGAGGCCAGGCCCUAAGUCCCUAGAGAGGUCCUGGAGGGCUUGGUUCCCAGAAAGAAAAAGUGUAAAACUUCCCACACAGGCCAGAGCCCUGGAGAAGCAUAGACCAAACUGGUCAGAACCAAUGGGCACUUCUAUCCAUCCUGAAAAGCCUAAGAGAACACCUUCAGCUUCAAAAGGAGUCUCCACUCUGCUGCAGCAAGGCUGA